AUGGCAUGGCAUGGCAUGGCAUGGCAUGGCAUGGCAUGGCAUGGCAUGCAGCCAGGCGGGCAUGUGUUGGUUCGAGACUAUGCUGCUGGCGACCUGGCUCAGGUGGGUGGCUCAAAUCUGUUUCUCACGUGUGUUUCACAGGUGUGUUUCUCAGGUGUGUUUCUCAGUGUGUGGGUCAGGUGCCAUGCAUGGGAGCAGGUGAGCAACCCCAUGAUUGUGGUCACUGCGUGCUGCCCUGCUGCCGCGCACCCAUUCUCUGCAACAGUCUAUCCCCUUCCGUCUCGCCUCCCCACCACCCUGCCGUGUGCGCAGGAGCGCCUGAGGCGCAAGGAGCAGCGCAUCGCAGACAACUUCUAUGUGCGCGGCGAUGGCACCCGAGCAUACUACUUCACGGAGGCGGCGCUGGGAGAGCUGUUUGAGGGGGCGGGCAUGCAGUGCGUGCACAUGGGCGUGUGUGAGCGCACCGUCACCAACCGCGCACGACAGAUCGACAUGCACAGCCUCAUCAACCCCAUCAACCCCCUGCCUGUCUACGCACGCCCCCAGGACCACGCCCUCUCCCUCUCGCACCUGCCGCUGCGCGUGCGCCUGCUAUCCCGCGAGCACCAGCACACGCACGGCAGCACGGGGCGGCUGCUGUGGGAGUCGUCUCAGGUGCUGGCGGCGCUGCUGCUCGCCCACCCCGCCCUCACCCGCCACGCCUCCCUCCUCGAGCUCGGUGCGGGCGGCGCCGCACUCUGCUCGCUCGCAGCCACUCACAGCGCGCCACGUGUCAUCGUGGCUACAGAUGGGGACGAGAGUGCUCUGAGUCUGCUGCCGGGGAAUCUGGAGCUGAAUGCGGGGAGCUUUGAGACGAGCAGGAUCAAGGUGUGCCGGCUGCGGUGGGGCAAUGAGGGCGACGAAGCAGCGGUGAGGCAACUGCUUCCCUCUGAUGAUGUGGUUGGUGCGGAACAGGGCCGAGUGCAGGAGGAGGGAGGCGGCAGCACAACUGGUUCAGAAGGGAGCACCGCACACAUUCCUGCUACGGCUGGCUGCAGUGUGAAGGAAGGCGAUGCCGGGGCUGCUUGUACCGAAGCGCAGCAGGGGAGGGGGUUCGAUGUAAUCUUGGGAGCCGACGUGGUGUACGUGCGUGCCGCUGUGCCGCUGCUCUUCCAGUCCGCUUCCCGCCUCCUGGCUCGCCGGGACGGCAGCGGGCGUGUGCCGGUGCUGCUGCUGUGCCACAUCACCCAUCAGGUGUCCGAGCCUGAUGUGCUGGCAGCAGCAGCAGCGGCAGGGCUAGAGUUGGCGGAAGGAGAGGUGGCGGAGCUUGUUGGGGGGAGUGUGGAGCGGGCAAUGCAGGCAGCAGUGGGGACGGUGUUCCCUGGUGAAAGCAGAGAUGCUUCCCUCUUCCGCCUCCUCUGCUUCCGUGCCUCGAGAUCAUCUUAG